AUGUUCACUGCUCAUGAUAAGAGAAAAUUAAUUCGUCUUGCAGAGUUAUAUCUGACAGAUUUCUCUAUGGUUGAUCUUGUGUCUCUUGAUCAUCAGCUAUCUACUUACAUUAUUGAUAUGCAUACUAGUGAUGAGUUUACAUCUUUAACCAGUAUAGCGGCUCUUGCAAAACAGCUUGUAAGGGCCAAAAAAAAUAUUGUGUAUCCGCUGGUGUAUAGACUUAUUGUUUUGGCAUUGAAUUUACCAGUUGCUACUGCUACGGUGGAGAGAGCAUUUUCUGCAAUGAAGAUUUUACGCAUCGACUGCGUAGCAAAAUGGGUGAUGCUUGGCUCAAUGACU